AUGAUGAAUCAAUUUAAAUUAAGAUUAAAAUCAUAUCAUAAAUUUGAAAGUUUAUUUAAAUUAAAUCGCUACUUAAUAUAAAGAAAUCAUGUUUUAAAGAUUUAAAUCCCAGAUUGGUAACUAAAAAAAUAAACUUUUAUUAAGCAAUUUUAAGAAGUUUAUGAAAAUUGUUAAAUUAUAUUACUAAAUCAAGAAUUAAUUGGAUUUGCUUUAAUUUUAAUAAAAGGUUACUCGUUUUAAUUGAUGAUUAAACAAGAUGACCUUAAUUCAUUUGAACAUAAAAAUUAAUUGUUACAUCAAAUAUCUCCAAUAAAAGGGUUCAAUUGA